AUGGUAAAGGUCAGGAUGAAUCAGCUUGUGGGAGACCAGACAGGCCCGCUCAUGUCCCCGCUGCAGCUCUCCGUCUACUGGCGCCUCGCUCUAAUCUUCUUCUUCACGGCUUUCCUCUUUUUUCUGGACAUUUUCACCACCGCUGUGGUCGCUGAGACAUGUCGCCAUGGCAAUGAUACUGGCACGUUUGCUUCGUGGCUUGAAAAGUUGGCACCGAACAAGGAGGAAAACCAAUCAGCGCUCAGCAAGGUUUUAAAGGACGACGCCGAUUGGAGGACAGAGAGCGGGAUCCGAGACUCAGUGUGUGGUUGGACAGACUGGUUGUCUUAUGGUCAGAUGCUCUUCAUGACUGGUCUGCUGCUGGGAUCUCUGUUUGGAGGAGCCAUAUCUGACCGGUACGGAAAGCGUCCAGUACUGCUGAUUUCCAUGUGCGUGCACGCCGUGUGUGGCCUCGUUCCUGCUGUCUUUCCUCAACCACUCCUCUUCCUUAUUCUUCGCUGCCUGACUGGAAUCUGCUGCUGCUGCAUCAACAUCUGCGCCUUCAGUUUAGCAGUGGAGUGGACUGCCCCUGAUUCUCGGCUGUGGCCGCCAGCUUUCCUGCCAUUCUGCUUCAGCCUGGGGACAAUGGGUGGAGCUCCUUUGGCCUGGCUCAACCCUACCUGGACACGUCUGCACCUGUCACUGGCUCUGCCUCAGAUCAUUUGUCUGCCACUCUACCUUUCAAUCCCAGAGUCUCCCCGAUGGCUGUUGUUAAAGAAGAGGACAGAUAUCCUGGACCGUUACCGGAGCAACAGCCCUGCAGAUAACCAGCGCUUGGACCUGCUGUUGGACACCGCCUGGUCAGACUUGCAGAAAGCCACCGAAGCUCAGAGAGAAGACCCUGUGACUGGAGAUCAUGCCUCCAGUGACAUAAUCCACUUGAAGCACCCAACUGUCCUGAUGCGAUUGUUUGUCAUGAGCUGUGUGAGUGCGGCAUCAGCUUUGACAUACUAUGGAAUUUGUUUGAACAUCGGCUCAUUCGGUGUUGGCGUUUACUCCGCCCAGUUCUUUUCCGGGCUAUCAGAAGCUCCCUGCUUGCUUGUCCCAUUGGUUCGUCUGGGACGCCGGCCAAUGAGCAUGCUCGCUCUGUUCCUCAGUGGAGCUGCCUGCUUCGUGUCGUUACUCCUGUCCAGGUACAAUGGUACGCCGAUGCUGGUUAUGAGUCUGGCUCUGUUGGGGAAACUCUGCGUCCUGGCUGCCAUCUUUAUCUCCACUCUGUACAGCAUUGAACUGUUCCCCACUGUGGUCAGGCAACGCUGUUUAUCACUGGUCAACCUGUCUUUCCGGCUCGGUUGCCUGGUCAACACCCUCGUCCCCGCAAACCCUGACGGAGCAAUCUCCUUGGCUGCUAUGGUUAUCUACAGCAGUGGACCAAUCAUAUGCUGUGGACUGUGCCUGCUGCUGCCGGAAACCAGUGGUGUCCCACUUCCUGACUCUGUGGCGGACUGCAACAGGCAGCUACAGCCCCACCAACCUGCCAUGGAUGCGCUCUGGAGGACAGAGACACUGGUGAGCAGCCAAACCAGCAAAGUGGAAACGUUCCCUGUGGAGAAAGACAGCACAAUUUCAGCACUGCUGAUAUGAAUGCAGCCGGCAGCUUUCAGUUACUGCUUUGAUAUUAAUUAGACCAAAAACAAACAUGAGUUCAUGUUAGAGAAACUUUAUACCUUGAAAAUACCAGCCGGCAGGUUGAAAUUAUUCCCUCUUAGAGGAUGUUGGAGGAUUUCCAAGACUUGAAAGGAAGUGUGUUUUAUUCUUAUGCUGUUUUUUUUCCUAUUUGUUACCACUUUGCGUUUUUAUUAUUGUGAAAAUAAAUUGAACCAAAUGCUGAUUUCCUUUUAUGUUCGUUAAUCAGCAGUUUUGGGUUCAUUCAUUGUUUUAUGAGUGUAAAAAGACAUUUUAAGUUAGAGUUUUGAAAUAAGUAUGCUUGAGCCAGUGCUGUGCAUAAUCAUAAUCUCAAUUUAAUGAGAAUCGUUUAGAUUUGGUUUUUACAGGGAUUUCUCUGACUCUUUUAACAAUGUUACAAACUGUAAAUGACAACAUCCAGAAAAACUCAUCCAUCUCUUUAUUUCAUUCUUAUCCUGUUUUUGUACUCAAUUAAGGGGAAAAAAGGACAUAUUUGAAAAAUGGUCAUAUUUAGUGGUUUCCUUGUUCUCUUUUUGUUAGCUUUAUGUAGCGUUUCCAGUCUUUUUUUUGCCACUAUCCCAGUUUUACAUGUUGUCUGAUUUUGAGUUUGAUACUUACAAUAUAUUUAUGGCCAAAGACCACAAAUAUAUGCUUGUGUACACAAAAAGACAAUACUUAGUUCCACACUACCAAGUGUACAAUGCAGGUUUGAGCUUCCACUAAUGGAUUCUGCUGCAUCCCAUUGGCCCAUUGAGUACCAUAGAUGUGCUGAGUACACAAACUGUAGUAACUAGUUGUUGUUACAAGUACAUUCUCUAUGUUAUCCACUAUUCCAGGAGAUGCCACUAUUUUCCCAUGUUUCAUUUGUUGGUCCUGUCCCAGACAUGUGAAUGUCACAUGCUUUGUAGGAACACAUUUUGGUUUGCUUGGAGUUUUCUCAAAGAAACAAAGAGAGACAGAAGCAGGGUGUUAUGAAGUGGAAACAAUAAACAGCUGAAAUGUGAAGCUGCCAAUAAAGUUUAAAAUAAAAAAUAAAAAAGCUGUUUCAUGUUAAAGGAGCCACAAGGGUAACAAGUAGGUUUAGAGUAUCUUCAUCAUUUCUAGUAUCAGUUUCUCUUAGAUUUAAAACUAAAAACAGACAAAAACAACAAAAAUGUUGAUUUCAGAUGUAAUUAAAUGUUUUUAACAACUGCAGGUAUGUUACAGUAUUGUGCCUUUGUUGUGGGUGUUAAUCUUUAAAUGUGUUUUUUUAAAAUAAAUUUGU